AUGACAAUUCAAUGGUGGGGCCUUCUACUUGACCUGUGGUUUCUUUUGGCCUGCCUACCAUUUCACAUCUCAGCUUUCAACCUGGACACGGACACAAAGCAUGUUCUGAGGAAAAAUGGUGAUCCGGGAAGCCUGUUUGGAUUCUCCCUGGCACUGCACCAACAACUGAAUCCUGUCAAUAAGAAACUGUGAGUUGACCUCUUAUAAGAAACUGUUAACAGUGUCCCAUACAUACUAUUAUCUGACCCUGCUGGACCUGGUCAUAUAUGAACUUAUUCUUUUGUCCUCUAUCCUGUCUGAUUACACACACUAUGAACUGAGAAACAAGCUGGCCUUAAUGGCUACUCUUAGUCUCUACCUGGUACAGCCAGAAGAGGAUGGGCCACCCCUCUGAGCAUGGUUCCUCUCUAGGUUUAUUCCUCUGUUCCUUCCUUCUAGGGAGUUUUUCCUGGCCUCUCUGUUUUGACGUCUGCUUUGCUUGCUCUUUGGGGUCAAGGCCGGAUAACUGUAAAGCACUUCGUGAAAAGUUUUUUUUUGUUUUUUAUAGUGAUUGAUUGAUUGAUACAACUCAGACCAGCAGUGACAAUGUUGUUUUUAGUUUGAAUAUUUUAGUGUACGGCUGCAUGUGAAUUUUAAAUCAAUGUAUGACAUUCUGGUUUAUUUUUCCUAGAUUGCUGGUUGGAGCGCCACGUGCCAAGUCAUUGACCAAAGCUGAUGUUACUGGAGGCAUCUACCAGUGUGAGCUCACCACUGAUUCUAAGAGCUGUGAGCGUGUAAAGCUUGACAACGAUGGUUUGUUUGUUUCCAUUCAGGUGUAAUAGAUUUUUGUGUUCGUGUGUUAUGAAAAUAUGUGUGAUUUUGUUAAUGUGUAUUUAACAUUAAUGUGCAUGAAUGCUAACUUUUGUGUUUGAAAAUGAAUGUUCCCCAGAGUUUCUUAAAAGCUAUGAUGUCAAAGACCAGUGGAUGGGUGUACGAGUGACAAGCCAAGGCCCUGGUCAAAGCGUUAUGGUAUGGUAAAUAUUGUGUACUUUAAUCUUUGAAUUGCCAUUUGUUGACUAUAAUAAACUUAGUCAGACAUUAUAUUGUAUUGUGUUUUGUUUUUAAUUCAAGGAAUUUAAUUGACUCGGACAGGGCAACAUUUCAGGGUUUCAGUGAAGUUAACCCCUUUGUUUAUUACUUACGUCUGAGAGAAAUUCUAUCAUUCUACCCCCCACAGACCUGCGCACAUCGAUACCAGGAGUGGAGCACCAAUCCUGACACCCCUAACCUCGUAUUCGGUCAGUGCUACAUCCUGGGGGAGGACCUGCACAAGAGUGAUGCCCAUAGAAUCUGGAGGAGGGUGAUCUGCGAUGACAGAAAACACAUCAAGGAUAAGCCAAAGAAUCCUGAUUGGUUCGGAUACUGUCAACAGGGUCAUUCUGCCGCCUUUGCCAAGGACAACACAUCUCUGUUGUUUGGGGGCCCCGGAGCUUACCAGUGGAAAGGUACAGUCGUGGUCAAAAGUUUUGAGAAUGACACAAUUAUUGGUCUUCACAAAGUUCGCUGCUUCAGUGUUAUGAGAUGUUUUUGUCAGAUGUUACUAUGGUGUACUGAAGUAUAAUUACAAGCAUUCCAUAAGUGUCAAAGGCUUUUAUUGACAAUUACAUUAAGUUUAUGCAAAGAGUCAAUAAUUGCAGUAUUGACCCUUCUUUUUCAAGACCUCUGCAAUCUGCCCUGGCAUGCUGUCAAUUAACUUCUGGGCCACAUCCUGACUGAUGGCAGCCCAUUCUUGCAUAAUCAAUGCUUGGAGUUUGUCAGAAUUUGUGGGUUUUUGUUUGUCCGCCCGCCUCUUGAGGAUCGACCACAAGUUCUCAAUGGGAUUAAGGUCUGGGGAGUUUCCUGGCCAUGGACCCAAAAUGUCGAUGUUUUGCUCCCCGAGCCAUUUAGUUAUCACUUUUGCCUUAUGGCAAGGUGCUCCAUCAUGCUGGAAAAGGCAUUGGUCGUCACCAAACUGUUAUUGGAUGGUUGGGAGAAGUUGCUCUCGGAGGAUGUGUUGGUACCAUUCUUUAUUCAUGGCUGUGUUCUUAGACAAAAGUGUGAGUGAGCCCACUCCCUUGGCUGAGAAGCAACCCCACACAUGAAUGGUCUCAGGAUGCUUUACUGUUGGCAUGACACAGGACUGAUGGUAGCGCUCACCUUGUCUUCUCCGGACAAGAUGUUUUCCGGAUGCCCCAAACAAUCGGAAAGGGGAUUCAUCAGAGAAAAUGACUUUACCCCAGUCCCUGAUGUUUUUCCUGGAGAGAAGUGGCUUCUUUGCUGCCCUUCUUAACACCAGGCCAUUUUCCAAAAGUCUUCACCUCACUGUGCGUGCAGAUGCACUCACACCUGCCUGCUACAAUUCCAGAGCAAGUUCUGCACUGGUGGUGCCCCGAUCCCGCAGCUGAAUCAACUUUAGGAGACGGUCCUGGCGCUUGCUGGACUUUCUUGGGCGCCCUGACGCCUUCUUCUCAACAAUUGAACCUCUCUCCUUGAAGUUCUUGAUUAUCCGAUAAAUGGUUAAUUUAGGUGCAAUCUUACUAGCAGCAAUAUCCUUGCCUGUGAAGCCCUUUUUGUGCAAAGCAAUGAUGAUGGCAUAUGUUUCCUUGCAGGUAACCAUGGUUAACAGAGGAAGAACAAUGAUUUCAAGCACCAACCUCCUUUUAAAGCUUCCAGUCUGUUAUUCUAACUCAAUCAGCAUGACAGAGUGAUCUCCAGCCUUGUCCUCGUCAACACUCUCACCUGUGUUAAUGAGAGAAUCACUGACAUGAUGGCAGCUGGUCCUUUUGUGGCAGGGCUGAAAUGUUUUUUGGGGAUUAAGUUCAUUUUCAUGGCAAAUAGGGACUUUGCAUUUAAUUGCAAUUCAUCUGAUCACUCUUCAUGACAUUCUGGAGUAUAUGCAAAUUGCCAUCAUCAAAACUGAGUCAGCAGACUUUGUGAAAAUUAGUAUUUGUGUCAUUCUCAAAACUUUUGACCACGACUGUACAUGUUUUGAGUUGGGAGAUACUUUUAAAAUGGGUUUAAUCUUGUUAAUGGAACAAUAUGAUUCACUGUAUAAUGAUAUGUAUCUGAUAUGUAUGAGACAUGGUAUUCAUAUACUGUAUGUUUGGGACAUUCAAACACACUUGCAGUCAGUACACACUGCAUUGAUAUUGGAAUGAGCUGUCGAUGUCCAUGAAACUGAGAUCAGACCUAGUUUUGUCUUGAAAAGCCCAGACAGGUUGAAACAUUUAGCUGAUCUGUAUUUUCUAUUUGCAAUUUAUGGAUUCCAUCUUUUCAUUUAUUCCUCAGAUUUAUGCCUGUUUGAGCCUGGUGUCCACAGCAUUUAAUUCAAAUGAAUUCAAAACAACUUCAUUUAUUCCCAAGGGUCAAUUAUUCACAUAAUUCUCUUGUCCAUCUGCCUGUCACAGGAAUCGUGAGAAUGGAGUCCCUAGACAACCUUGAAGUGUCAAAUGAAGAGCCCCGUGAAACUGGGGAUGUGGACAGACUUGACCGUGACCUCAUCCCUCUCCUUAACAACAGUUAUCUAGGUCAGUUUAAUGGAUAGAGCUUUCUUCAACCUCUAUUCAAUCCAUUCAAUCACACUGAAAGGAAAACACAGAGGGGCUUGGUUUUGUGGCAAAUUUCAUCAAUACUCUUGGUGGGUUUUUUAUACUGUUGGUGUAAGUAAAAUUGUAAAGAAUGGCAUGUUUCGUAUUGAUUCAUACUAUUUAUUUACACUAUUUAUGAAUUACAUCUCUCUUUCCCAUAGACAAUUUACAUUUUAGUCACUUAGCAGAUGCUCUUAUCCAGAGCGACUUACAGUAGUGAGUGCGUCCAUUUUCAUACUGGGAAUCAAACCCACAACCCUGGCGUUGCAAGCACCAUGCUCUACCAACUGAGCAAAACGGGACCCCCUGUUCAUCAUGGUAGCAUUGCAGUUUCUAACAUUGAGUAAUUGCUGUCUUUUUUCCAGGGUUCUCCAUCGACUCUGGAAUGGCCCUCACCAAGAAGGGCCAGCUGACUAUAGUGUCUGGGGCACCACGAAGCGGUUUCAGUGGGGAGGUGGCGUUUCUGAAGAGAGACCCAUUGGCUAAAAGAAGUCUAUCUGUGGAGAACAUUCUUAAAGGCCCAGGCCUGGCCUCCUCCUUUGGCUACGACAUAGCCGUGGUGGACCUCAACGCUGAUGGGUACAGAUUUCAGCCAGUAGCUUUGUCACAAUUAUCUCCCCUUCCUCCCAAAGUGUGCAUUGUUCACUUCCUUUCAAUGAUUUGAAAGGAAAUUACUGGUAUAAGAAAUAUGGUGGAAAUUCUCACUAGCUCGUGCCUCCACAUAGUUCUGAAAGUAGCGCUCAAGAGCCAAAAGUGGUCCCUGAAAAUUGCCUACUAAGUCACAUAUCUGCAAUUAUGUGUACCACAUCAUUGCUCUCUCUCUCACUCUGCUGUGUAUGCAUCUUGCUAGCUGUCACUCAAAUGGUGAGGGGCUGAAGCUCAAUGGCUAGAACUCGAAUUGCUAGGGGGCUGGCCCAUGUGGGGGAAAAUGUAGAGAAAAUGGCGCAGCACAGCUUCCAGAAAAACAGUCGCUUUCAAACUAGGGAUUUUGUGGUUAAUUGAGGUGACAGUAAUUCUGCUCAUAUAUUAUGCAUGUAUGAACUACAUAUUGACACAUCCAGCCCAAAGCAAGAGGUUUAAAAAAAUACUUAAUAGUCACCAAAGUUCCGGAAUAUGUCUUUAAGAUUUGUGGGAGCAAGUGAAUAAGUGCACAUUUUAGAAGAAAAUGUUUUGAGUCAAUAAGUAUUCAACCACUUUGUUAUACAUUUUCUUAACAAGUCACAUAAUACGUUGCAUGGACUCACUCUGUGUGCAAUAAUCGUGUUUAACAUGAUUUUCAAAUGACUACCUAAAUAACCCCACACAUACAAUUAUCUCUAAGGUCCCUCAGUCGAGCAGUGAAUUUCAAACACAGAUUCAACCACAAAGAUCAGGGAGGUUUUCUAAUGGCUCACAAAGAAGGGCACCUAUUGGUAAAAAAACAGACAUUGAAUAGCCCUUUGAGCAUAGUGAAGUUAUUAAUUACACUUUGGAUGGUGUAUCAAUACACCCAGUCACUACAAAGACACAGGCGUCCUUCCUAACUCAGUUGCCGGAGAAGAAUGAAACCGCUAAGGGAUUUCACCAUGAGGCCAAUGGUGACUUUAAAACAGUUACAGAGUUUAAUGGCUGUGAUAGGAGAAAACUGAGGAUGGAUCAACAACAUUGUAGUUACUCCACAACAGGGAUGUAGCUCAGUUGGUAGAGCAUGGUGUUUGCAACGCCAGGGUUGUGGGUUCGAUUCCCACGAGGGAAUCGAACCCACAAAAAUAAAAAAUUAUAAUGUAUGCACUCACUAAUUGUAAGUCGCUCUGGAUAAGAGCGUCUGCUAAAUGACAAAAAUGUAAAUGUAAUACGAACCUAAAUGACAGAGUGAAAAGAAGGAAGCCUGUACAGCAAGGUAUCCCCCAAGUUCUCUGUUUUUUAUAUAUAUAAGAUUGAUACCAUUUUCUUUUUUUUGACAUAAUAGACUGUAAAAACACCAGGAAAUCAGCUCCAAGUGAUUUUAGUUUAAGAAAUAUGUUCCCAAGUAUAAUUGAGAGACGUGAUCAAGCAAGGUUUGAAAUGAUUAUGUUUCAGUCAAACAUUAUCUGUUUGGUCUUCUUGCGGUCAAUUUGCGGUCUACAAAUUAUUUGUAAUUAUGUUUACAUUUUAGUAAUUUAGAAGACUCUCUUAUCCAGAGCGACUUACAUGAGCAAUUAAGGUUAAGUGCCUUGCUCAAGCGCACAUCCUAGUUGGCUUGGGGAUUCAAACCAGUGACCUUUCGAUUACUGGUCCAACACUCUUAAUCACUAGGCUACCCUGCCUGUUCUGGCCCCUCGACCACCUGUCAAGAAAAAAUUGGCCCGCGGCGGAAUGUAGUUGAUGAUCCCUGCUGUAGAGAAUAAAAAUAUUCCAAAACAUGCAUCCUGUUUGCAACAAGGCACUAAAGUAAAACUGCAAAAAGAAGACUUAACUUUAUGUCCUGAAUACAAAGUCUUAUGUUUGGGGCAAAUCCAAUACAACACAUCACUGAGUACCACUCUUCAUAUUUUCAAGCAUGGUGGUGGCUGCAUCAUGUUAUGGGUAUGCUUGUCAUCGGCAAUGACUAGUGAGUUUUUUUAGGAUAAAAAGAAACAGAAUAGAGCUAAGCAUAGGCAAAAUCCAAGAGGAAAACCUGGUUCAGUCUGCUUUCCAACAGACACUGGGAGACAAAUGCACCUUUCAGCAGGACAAUAACCUAAAACACAAGGCCAAAUAUACACUGAAGUUGCUUACCAAGACGACAUUGUAAGUUCUUGAGUUGCCUAGUUACAGUUUUGACGUGAAUCGGCUUGAAAAUCUAUGGAAAGACAUGAAAAUGGCUGUCUAGCAAUGAUCAUCAACAACUUGACAGAGCUUGAAUAAUUGUUUUAAGGAUGUGCAAAUAUUGUAACGUUUGUGCAAAGCUCUUAGAGACUUACCCAGAAAGACUCACAGUUUUAAUUCCUGCCAAAGGUGCUUCUACAAAGUAUUGACUCAGGGUUGUGAAUACUUAUGUAAAUUAGAUAUUUCUGUAUUUCAUUUUCAAUAAAUUUGCUAAACAAAAAUGGAGUAUUGUGUGUAGAUGGGUGAGAAAAUAUAUAUUUAAUCAAUUUUGAAUUCAUGCUGUAACUAAGCAAAAUAUGGAAUAAGUCAAGGGGUAUGAAAACUUUCUGAAGGCACUGUAAUUGUUCCCCAGAAAUGAUUUGAUAUUGACAUAAAAACAUCUGUAGUGUGUACUGUUUGUAAUUCUGUUGGUGGGGUAUUUGGGGGAUUGCAGGUGGGACGACCUUGCUGUGGGGGCACCCGAGUUCUUCUUAAAAGAAGGGGUGGUCGGAGGGGCAGUGUACAUCUACAUCAACAACAGGGGAAGACAGUGGGAGAAGAUUGAGCCUGUCCGUCUGGAUGGGAACAAAGACUCCAUGUUUGGUCUGGCAGUUGAGAACAUUGGAGACGUCAAUCAGGACGGUUAUGAAGGUUGGCUGAGGUUUCUUCAUUACUUUCAGGGGAGUUAACUGCAAUGAAUGGAAAUGUAUGCACUCACUAACUGUAAGUCGCUCUGGAUAAGAGUGUCUGCUAAAUAACUAAAAUGUCAAAUGUAAUGAAGUAGAUCCUUUUAGCACAUCUCCAUUUCUUUCCUGUAGUUUGUUCUGAAACCUUUCUCUCAGCUUUGGUUACAUCUUAGCGACCCAUCUCCCUCAUAAAUUCAGACCGUAACCUCAUUUUCAACUUGACAGAUAUUGCUGUGGGGGCUCCCUAUGAUGGUGUAGGUCGAGUGUACCUUUACUAUGGCUCCUCAGGUGGAAUCCACGAAAAGACAGCACAGGUGGGAGCCUUUACAUUAAACUGGAACACCUGCAUCUGAGUGAUGACCACUGUAAUCCCGCAAUAAAGUUUGAAGAAUAUUGAACACAAACUACAUUUUGUCACAAACAGUAUCUCUUGUUAUUAUAGAUUAUAACAGCAGAAUCUUAUAAUAUAAGACGAUUUGGAUUUUCUCUGACUGGAAAGAUAGAUGUGGAUGACAAUCAUUACCCUGACUUGGCUGUUGGAUCACUCUCAGACUCCAUAUUUGUCUACAGGUAACUUUGACUUGAUUACAUCAUAUCACUUGAUUACAUCAUAUCACUUGAUUACAUCAUAUAACUUGAUUACAUCAUAUCACUUGAUUACAUCAUAUCAGCGUUCCUCAAUCUUAGUCCUGAGGGAACACACUGGAUUUAUAGGAUAUCCUUUUGUUCCAACACACCUGAUUCAAGUAUUUUCUACUAAUCAUCAAGGCCAUGAUUACAGCAGUUUCAGUAGUUUCACCUGUAUUAGUACUGGGCUGUAACAAAAGCCUUCACACCCUGUGGUUUCCCAGGACCAGGAUUAAUAGACGUUGCCUUAGAACUUUCAUGUCAUCAUGUCCACUGGUCAUUUUGAUUUACUUAGAUUUGCUUACAGGGCAAGGCCAGUAGUCAAAAUCAGAGAGGACUUACGAAUCACCCCAAGUACUAUCAACAUGGCGACAGAGCACUGUGACAAACACAAAUGGUAAGACUUUCAAGAAACAACAUAUAAACAAAUCAAUAAACUGCCGUAAUGAAACCCAACAUAAUUUUGUCUACAUUUGCAUAGUACUUUCACGGCACGGGCAUGCUUUACCUACACAACGCAGCCGCCAUCCUACAACCCCAGACUGAGUAAGUUCACUAGCUUCAGCCCCCUAAACAACCAUGCCCUUGUACUGCUGAGAUUGAGGCGGUCCUAAUUUGGACACCGUACCCUUGACCCUUUGUGUACACUGUGCUGCAGAAACUUAUGCGAUGCAUUCUCUUCCUAUAGCUGUCAACUACACCUUUGAGGCUGACGCUGAGACGAGGAAACAGAGGCGUACCUCCAGGAUGCAGUUCCUGGGUCAGUCCCAGGGCGUCCUGGAGCUACCAGGGCAGGGCAAAGAGAAAUGCACUGAGACUCAACUCAAGCUAUUGGUAAUGGCUCUGAAUUUUUCCAUCUCGUGAAGAUGUCACAACUGUAGUUUCAAUUCAGUGGCUCAUGAAGACAUCAAAGUGUGUCAUCUUCCAAAUAGACUAGGGUCAGGGGUCAGCCAUGGGUCAUAAGACAACAACAAACUUUGUUUGUAUCGCCACUAUUUCCUCGAUCACGAAAAGGCCAACUUCAAAUACUAUUUGGCGUUGACAUUGAUUUUGUUUGGUAAGAUAUUUGAUCAUCACCUUUACAUGACGUUCUACAUCUCCAUCUGUUCAAGGGUGAUAUCAAGGACAGACUGCACAGCAUCCCCAUCUCUGUCUCGGUGUCCUUACUGAAUGCCAGUAAGACUAAGAGCAAGAGUCCCCUUCCUGAACUUACUCCAGUACUCAGCCUCUACAAGCAGAGUACAGCCACCUCAGAGGUACACGUGUGUGUGUGUGUGUGUCUGUCUGUCUGUGUGUGUGUGUGUGUGUGUGUGUGUGUGUGUGUGUGUGUGUGUGUGUGAGCGUGCGCGUGUGUGUGUGUGGAGAUGUGUGAGAGAGGACGCGUGAGAGAGAGAAAGUAUAAACCUAGUAGUUGUGAAACAGUUAUUGUGAGUCUUAAGAACUAAAUUCAACUUUUUCAGGUUAUCUUCAUAGAUAAAGGUUGUGGGAGUGAUAACAUUUGCCAAAGUAACUUGGAGCUACAGUACAGGUUCUGUUCCAGACCAAAACUACAGGGACAAGAUGUAUUCACCCCACUGCCCAGGUAGAAACGAAAUGUGUGAUUUGAAUUUUAACCAGAAGUCCCUCUUGACUGCCUUCAACUCAUUGUGUAUUCGGUUACAUGAACCCUGUAAUGCAGUGGUGGCUGGUGGGUAGAUAUAUAGGAGGAUGUGCUCAUUGUAAAGGCUGGAUUAGUGUGAAUGGAAAGGUAUCAAACAAAUGGUUUCCAUGUGUUUUAUGUGUUUGAUAGCUUUCCAGUCAUUCCAUUCCAGUCAUUGCAAUAAGAACGUCCUCCUAUCUACGCCCACCAGCCUCCUCUGCUCUAUAUGGCUCUUGUCAAUAUAGUGCUUUGGUAACGCUAAGACUCAUGUCUUUCUAGUGAAAGAGGUAUUCCAGUGAUCUCUGCUGGAGAUGAGGACAUAGUUUUGGAGGUCAAUGUGACAAAUAGGGAGGGUGAUGAUGCCCAUCAGAGUCAUCUGAUCAUCAAACUCCCUGACUCUCUUUCAUACUCAUCAUUAUACUUCAACUCCAUUUCAGUAAGUCACUGGCCUUUGCUGUUCUCAGCAUUUUUGAUCAAAUCAUUGUAUACUGGACUUAAGAGUUAAAAUAAUGUUAAAUAGCAAUGAUUCUAUUCAGGAUACUAUUAAAUCCAUGAAAAUAUGACCCCCAUCUUCUUGAUUUCUGAUGUUAAACAUCACCAAUACCGUAAUUGUUCCAGAGUAAUGAUAGGUACACUAUAUACAGUGGGGAGAACAAGUAGUUGAUACACUGCCGAUUUUGCAGGUUUUCCUACUUACAAAGCAUGUAGAGGUCUGUAAUUUUUAUCAUAGGUACACUUCAACUGUGAGAGACGGAAUCUAAAACAAAAAUCACAUUGUAUGAUUUUUAAGUAAUUAAUUUGCAUUUUAUUGCAUGACAUAAGUAUUUGAUCACCUACCAACCAGUAAGAAUUCCGGCUCUCACAGAUCUGUUCGUUUUUCUUUAAGAAGCCCUCCUGUUUUCCACUCAUUACCUGUAUUAACUGCACCUGUUUGAACUUGUUACCUGUAUAAAAGACACCUGUCCACACACUCAAUCAAACAGACUCCAACCUCUCCACAAUGGCCAAGACCAGAGAGCUGUGUAAGGACAUCAGUGAUAAAAUUGUAGACCUGCACAAGGCUGGGAUGGGCUACAGGAAAUAGGCAAGCAGCUUGGUGAGAAGGCAACAACUGUUGGCGCAAUUAUUAGAAAAUGGAAGAAGUUCAAGAUGACGGUCAAUCACCCUCGGUCUGGGGCUCCAUGCAAGAUCUCACGUCGUGGGGCAUCAAUGAUCAUGAGGAAGGUGAGGGAUCAGCCAAGAACUACACGGCAGGACCUGGUCAAUGACCUGAAGAGAGCUGGGACCACAGUCUCAAAGAAAACCAUUAGUAACACACUACGCCGUCAUGGAUUAAAAUCCUGCAGCACAUGCAAGGUCCCCCUGCUCAAGCCAGCGCAUGCCCAGGCCCGUCUGAAGUUUGCCAAUGACCAUCUGGAUGAUCCAGAGGAGGAAUGGGAAAAGGUAAUGUGGUCUGAUGAGCCAAAAAUAGAGCUUUUUGGUCUAGACGCCACUCGCCGUGUUUGGAGGAAGAAGAAGGAUGAGUACAACCCCAAGAACACCAUCCCAACCGUGAAGCAUGGAGGUGGAAACAUUCUUUGGGGGAUGCUUUUCUGCAAAGGGGACAGGACGACUGCACCGUAUUGAGGGGAGGAUGGAUGGGGCCAUGUAUCGCGAGAUCUUGGCCAACAACCUCCUUCACUCAAUAAGAGCAUUGAAGAGUCGUGGCUGGGUCUUCCAGCAUGACAACGACCCGAAACACACAGCCAGGGCAACUAAGGAGUGGCUCUGUAAGAAGCAUCUCAAGGUCCUGGAGUGGCCUAGCCAGUCUCCAGACCUGAACCCAAUAGAAAAUCUUUGGAGGGAGCUGAAAGUCUGUAUUGCCCAGCGACAGCCCCGAAACCUGAAGGAUCUGGAGAAGGUCUGUAUGAAGGAGUGGGCCAAAAUCCCUGCUGCAGUGUGUGCAAACCUGGUCAAGACCUACAGGAAACGUAUGAUCUCUGUAAUUGCAAACAAAGGUUUUUGUACCAAAUAUUAAGUUCUGCUUUUCUGAUGUAUCAAAUACUUAUGCCGUGCAAUAAAAUGAAAAUUAAUUACUUAAAAAUCAUACAAUGUGAUUUUCUGGAUUUUUGUUUUAGAUUCCAUCUCUCACAGUUGAAGUGUACCUAUGAUACAAAUUACAGACCUCUACAUGCUUUGUAAGUAGGAAAACCUGCAAAAUCGGCAGUGUAUCAAAUACUUGCUCUCCCCCUUCAGAUUAGUGGUUUUGGCUAUUUCAGCCACACCGAUUGCUGACAGGUCCAAUUUCUGCCCUGCUAGAACUGUCCUGGUCAACUGUAAGUGCUGUUAUUGUGAAGUGGAAACGUCUAGGAGCAACAACGGCUCAGCCGUGAAGUGAUAGGCCACACGAGCUCACAGAACGGGAUCAGCAUGUGCUGAAGCGCGCAGCUCGUAAAAAUCAUCUGUCAUCGGUUGCAACACUCACUACUGAGUUCAAAACUGCAUUUGGAAGCAUUGUCAGCACAAUAACUGUUUGUCGGAAGCUUCAUGAAAUGGGCUUCCAUGGCCGAACAGCCGCACACAAGCCUAAGAUCACCAUGCGCAAUGCCAAGGAUCGGCUGGAGGGGUGUAAAGCUUGCCGCCAUUGGACUCUGGAGCAGUGGAAACGUGUUCUCUGGAGUGAUGAAUCACACUUCACCAUCUGGCGGUUCGAUGGACGAAUCUGGGUUUGGCGGAUGCCAGGAGAACACUACCUGCCUCAAAGCAGUUUGUUGGAGGAGGAAUAAUGGUCUGGGGCUGUUUUUCAUGGUUCGGUCUAGGCCCCUUAGUUCCAAUGAAGGGAAAUCUUAACGCUACAGCAUACAAUGACAUUCUAGACGAUUCUGUGCUUCCAACUUCGUGGCAACAGUUUGGGGAAGGCCCUUUCCUGUUUCAGCAUGACAAUGCCCCCAUGCACAAAGCAUACAGAAAAAUGGUUUGUCGAGAUCAGUGUGGAAGAACUUGACUGGCCUGCACAGAGCCCUGACCUCAACCCCAUCGAACACCUUUGGGAUGAAUUGGAACGCUGACCGCGAGCCAGGCCUAAUCGUCUAACAUCAGUGCCCGACCUCACUAAUGCUCUUCUGGCUGAAUGGAAGCAAGUCCCCGAAGCAAUGUUCCAACAUCUAGUGGAAAGCCUUCCCAGAUGAGUGGCAGCAAAGGGGGGACCAACUCCAUAUUAAUGCCAUUGAUAUUGGAAUGAGAUGUUCGACAAGCAGGUGUCCACAUACUUUUGGUCAUGUAGUGUAUAUUUUUACAUCACUGCUUAUAGUUUCAUUAAAUUAUCAGCUGCUGUCAUAUGUUUUUAAAAGUCUGGCUCAUUGGACAUGUUGACCCUACAGGAAGUAAUAGUGAAGUGUAACCCCAAUGACAAUGGUACACUGACAGACUGUGAACUGGGAAACCCAUUCAAAAGAGAUGCUGAAGUGAGUAGUCCAUUGUGUAUGUCUAAGACAUUUCUUUUUUUAUGAUAACACAUUUGAACAGUUGUCCAUAGUAAGUAAGAGACAUUUGUGUCCCUUAGGUUACUUUCUAUGUAAUACUGUCCACUUCACGCAUCUCGCUGAGCACAACUGAUGUAAAUGUUACCUUGCAGCUUGAAACGUAAGUAUAACAGUACACAUAUCUUUUGUUAGAGGACCCAUUAGCUCUGGGUAAUAAAUGUAACAUUUCAGUCCGUCUCUUUCGUAUGUUCUACACCGUUCACAAACAGAUUAUUCUAACAGAGUAGUCUCUUGGUUGCAGGACAAGCGUGCAGAAGAUACAAGCAAGGGAAGCAAAUGCCAAAGUAGUUUUUGAGCUGCAACUACAAGUAUUUGGGUGGGUGUAUGGACAUGGUAUUUGUUCUGCUGUUGCCCUAAUCCACUCUUUUAGCUAACAUAUUUGAAGAGCUCCUGUCCUGAAAAUAUAGUUUGUGUCCCAAAUGGCAACCUAUUCCCUAUUUAGUGCACUAUUUUUGACCAGAGCACUAUGGGCCCUUGUCAAAAGUAGUGCCUUAUAUAGAGAAUAGAGUGCCAUUUGGGACGCAGCCUUAAUAAUGUGGUGACCGAAUGAAGGUUUAUGAGAUGUGUUUGUCCUCAGACUGGCCAGGCCCUCCCAGGUCAGCUUUGGAGGAGCUGUAAAGGGAGAGAGCGCCAUGAAAUCAGAGGACGAUAUUGGAACCCUUGUGGAGUAUGAAUUCAGGGUGAGCUCAUUGAUUUGUGGUUCAAAUAUACAUUCUAUUGUUCCCUGGUGAUUAGCGAAAUUCCAUGUGCCUUUGCACGCUGCUUUGCACUGGGCGUAUAAAAUGUUACCCCAAAAUAUAUCUUUAAAUACAUAUAUUUGUCUAUCUGUGUUGGUUACUAGAAAAUAAGUGCUUAACUCCUUAAAACUUGAACAGAUAUGGAAUUUGGGCAGGCCACUGAAAUCCUUUGCCAAUGCGUCGCUGAAUAUCUACUGGCCCAAGGAGAACGCGGUGGGUAAAUGGUUGCUGUACCUGGUGCAGAUCCACAGUGAAGGCAUACAGAACAGUUCCUGCUCUCCGCUAAAGGAGAUCAGCCCAGUCCAACAUAUCAAGGUAAAUUCCACUGAAUAUAAAUUCUGAGGUAAUAUCAAUAGGUGACUGGAUCUUGAGUGAAUCUCUUUCAGAAGUGCCCUUUUUUGAGAGUGAUAUAAAAGUAACCAAUGAUUUAUUUUAUUUUUAUUUUUUAUUUAACCUUUAUUUAACCAGGUAAGCCAGUUGAGAACAAGUUCUCAUUUACAACUGUGACCUGGCCAAGAUAAAGCAAAGCAGUGCGAUAAAAACAACACAGAGUUACAUAUGGGGUAAACAAAACAUAAAGUCAAAAAUACAACAGAAAAUAUAUAUACAGUGUGUGCGAAUGUAGUAAGUUAUGGAGGUAAGGCAAUAAAUAGGCCAUAGUGCAAAAUAGUUACAAUUUCAUAUUAACACUGGAAUGAUAGAUGUGCAAAAGAUGAUGUGGAAAUAGAGAUACUGGGGUGCAAAUUAGCAAAAUAAAUAACAAUAUGGGGAUGAGGUAGCUGGGUGGGCUUAUUUCAGAAUGGCUGUGUACAUGUGCAGUGAUCGGUAAGCUGCUCUGACAACUGACGCUUAAGGUUAGUGAGGGAGAUAAGAGUCUCCAGCUUCAGAGAUUUUUGCAGUUCGUUCCAGUCAUUGGCAGCAGAGAACUGGAAGGAAUGGCGGCCAAAGGAGGUGUUGGCUUUGGGGAUGACCAGUGAGAUAUACCUGCUGGAGCGCAGACUACGGGUGGGUGUUGCUAUGGUGACCAGUGAGCUAAGAUAAGACGGGGAUUUGCCUACCAGUGAUUUAUAGAUGACCUGGAGCCAGUGGGUUUGGCGACUAAUAUUUAGUGAGGGCCAGCCAACAAGAGCGUACAGGUCACAAUGGUGGGUAGUAUAUGGGGCUUUGGUGACAAAACGGAUGGCACUGUGAUAGACAAUGUCCAAUUUGCUGAGUAGAGUGUUGGAGGCUAUUUUGUAAAUGACAUCGCCGAAGUCAAGAAUCGGUAAGAUAGUCCGUUUUACGAGGGCAUGUUUGGCAGCAUGAGUGAAGGAGGCUUUGUUGCGAAAUAGGAAGCCGAUUCUAGAUCUAACUUUUGAUUGGAUAUGCUUAAUGUGAGUCUGGAAGGAGAGUUUACAGUCUAACCAGACACCUAGGUAUUUGUAGUUGUCCACAUACUCUAGGUCAGACCCGCCGAGAGUAGUGAUUCUAGUCGGGUGGGCGGGUGCAAGCAGCGUUCGGUUGAAGAGCAUGCAUUUAGUUUUACUAGUGUUUAAGAGCAGUUGGAGGCUACAGAAGGAGUGUUGUAUGGCGUUGAAGCUCGUUUGGAGGUUUGUUAACACAGUGUCCAAUGAAGGGCCAGAUGUAUACAAAAUGGUGUCGUCCGCAUAGAGGUGGAUCCGAGCGUCACCAGCAGCAAGAGCGACAUCAUUGAUAUACACGGAGAAAAGAGUCGGCCCAAGAAUUGAACCCUGUGGCACCCCCAUAGAGACGGCCAGAGGUCCAGACAACAGGCCCUCCGAUUUGACACAUUGAACUCUAUCUGAGAAGUAUUUGGUGAACCAGGCGAGGCAGUCAUUUGAGAAACCAAGGCUAUUUAGUCUGCCAAUAAGAAUGUGGUGGUUGACAGAGUCGAAAGCCUUGGCCAGGGCGAUGAAGACGGCUGCGCAGUACUGUCUUUUAUCGAUUGCGGUUAUAAUAUCGUUUAGGACCUUGAGCGUGGCUGAGGUGCACCCAUGACCAGCCCGGAUUGCAUAGCGGAGAAGGUACGGUGGGAUUCGAAAUGGUCGGUGAACUGUUUGUUAACUUGGCUUUCAAAUACUUUCGAAAGGCAGGGCAGGAUGGAUAUAGGUCUGUAACAGUUUGGAUCUAGAGUGUCACCCCCUUUGAAGAGGGGGAUGACCACGGCAGCUUUCCAAUCUCUGGGGAUCUCAGACAUUACGAAAGAGAGGUUGAACAGGCUAGUAAUAGGGGUUGCGACAAUUUUGGCGGCUAAUUUUAGAAAGAAAGGGUCCAGAUUGUCUAGCCCAGCUGAUUUGUAGGGGUCCAAAUUUUUCAGCUCUUUCAGAACAUCAGCUGUCUGAAUUUGUGUGAAGGAGAAGUGGGGGGGGCAUGGGCAAGUUGCAGCGGAGGGUGCAGAGCUGGUGGCCGGGGUAGUGGUAGCCAGGUGGAAAGCAUGGCCAGCCGUAGCAAAAUGCUUGUUGAAAUUCUCGAUUAUUGUAUAUUUAUCGGUGGUGACAGUGUUUCCUAGCCUCAGUGCAGUGGGCAGUUGGGAGGAGGUGCUCUUAUUUUCCAUGAACUUUACAGUGUCCCAAAACGUUUUGGGAUUAUCAUUCACACAAUUGACAUAAGUUGCCUAGAUGUAGUUAAUGCAUAUCUUCCUAAUUAUCAUAUUUAACUCUAGGGCUCUCGUGAUAUUUCAAGAAGAAGACGAGAUGCUCAUCAGGAAGCGUUCUCAUCUGAGGAUGGAUUCUCCUUCCUGUCAAAGAAAAGGAAAUACAAAACUCUGGUAAGAAAAAUUCAUUUGAAGCAACCAUUAUGUGUUUAACCCACUAGAGUCGAUUGACGCACCGGUGUGUCAAUCUAAGUUACAUAACAAAGACAAUCCCCAUCCAAAUCCAUCAAUUUAAGAGAUAGAGAUAUCUGUUUUUUUUGCAUAGGAUGCGUCUCGAUCCACCGCAUCUGCCAGUGUCACACUUCCACAUCUGGGUUGAAAGGUGGCAAAGCUAGAGCGGUGUUUGUCAGACCAUGAGACAUCCCGAAAAUCGGUAUUCUCACAAAAAUUUAUGUAGCAUCCGAACAGGUUUGACAUACAAACUAUUAUGGAAAGGGGAGACUCUCACAAACAUGAUGGAGUUCUCCGUUUUGCUCUACGGCCAACACAAGUGUCACGGAACUCAUCUAAAGGUAACCGGUACCGGUUUUUAAAAAACAAAUUUAAGUUUGAAGGCAUAGCCACGGGAAGUAGUGGUGCUGAGGGUGCUGCAGCACACCCUGAAAAAUCUGAAUAAAUAAAUAAAUGAAUAAAUAAAUAAUAUAUAUAUAAUUAUAAUUAUUUUUAUUUUUUUUACAAAGUAGUGCACUGGGUCUUUACUGGUCUUGUAUUAGCGGACCAAUAUAGACAUCUGUAGCUCUGUAGCAUCUCCACUUUGGCAAAAAAAAAAGUACAGUGAGGGAAAAAAGUAUUUGAUCCCCUGCUGAUUUUGUACAUUUGCCCACUGACAAAGAAAUGAUCAGUCUAUAAUUUUAAUGGUAGGUUUAUUUGAACAGUGAGAGACAGAAUAACAACAACAAAAUCCAGAAAAACGCAUGUCAAAAAUGUUAUAAAUUGAUUUGCAUUUUAAUGAGGGAAAUAAGUAUUUGACCCCUCUGCAAAACAUGACUUAGUACUUGGUGGCAAAACCCUUGUUGGCAAUCACAGAGGUCAGACGAUUCUUGUAGUUGGCCACCAGGUUUGCACACAUCUCAGGAGGGAUUUUGUCCCACUCCUCUUUGCAGAUCUUCUCCAAGUCAUUAAGGUUUCGAGGCUGACGUUUGGCAACUCGAACCUUCAGCUCCCUCCACAGAUUUUCUAUGGGAUUAAGGUCUGGAGACUGGCUAGGCCACUCCAGGAUCUUAAUGUGCUUCUUCUUGAGCCAUUCCUUUGUUGCCUUGGCCGUGUGUUUUGGGUCAUUGUCAUGCUGGAAUACCCAUCCCCAACCCAUUUUCAAUGCCCUGGCUGAGGGAAGGAGGUUCUCACCCAAGAUUUGACAGUACAUGGCCCCGUCCAUCGUCCCUUUGAUGCGGUGAAGUUGUCCUGUCCCCUUAGCAGAAAAACACCCCCAAAGCAUAAUGUUUCCACCUCCAUGUUUGACGGUGGGGAUGGUGUUCUUGGGGUCAUAGGCAGCAUUCCUCCUCCUCCAAACACGGCGAGUUGAGUUGAUGCCAAAGAGCUCGAUUUUGGUCUCAUCUGACCACAACACUUUCACCCAGUUCUCCUCUGAAUCAUUCAGAUGUUCAUUGGCAAACUUCAGACGGGCAUGUAUAUGUGCUUUCUUGAGCAGGGGGACCUUGCGGGCGCUGCAGGAUUUCAGUCCUUCACGGCGUAGUGUGUUACCAAUUGUUUUCUUGGUGACUAUGGUCCCAGCUGCCUUGAGAUCAUUGACAAGAUCCUCCCGUGUCUUUCUGGGCUGAUUCCUCACCGUUCUCAUGAUCAUUGCAACUCCACAAGGUGAGAUCUUGCAUGGAGCCCCAGGCCGAGGGAGAUUGACAGUUAUUUUGUGUUUCUUCCGUUUGCGAAUAAUCGCACCAACUGUUGUCACCUUCUCACCAAGCUGCUUGGCGAUGGUCUUGUAGCCCAUUUCAGCCUUGUGUAGGUCUACAAUCUUGUCCCUGACAUCCUUGGAGAGCUCUUUGGUCUUGGCCAUGGUGGAGAGUUUGGAAUCUGAUUGAUUGAUUGCUUCUGUGGACAGGUGUCUUUUAUACAGGUAACAAGCUGAGAUUAGGAGCACUCCCUUUAAGAGUGUGCUUCUAAUCUCAGCUCGUUACCUGUAUAGAUAGUCUCCCGAGUGGCGCAGUGGUCUAAGGCACUGCAUCGCAGUGCUAGCUGUGCCACUAGAUCCUGGUUCGAAUCCAGGCUCUGUCGUAGCCGGCCGCGACCGGGAGACCCAUGGGGCGGCGCACAAUUUGCCCAGCGUCAUCCAGGGUAGGGGAGGGAAUGGCCGGCAGGGAUGUAGCUCAGUUGGUAGAGCAUGGCGUUUGCAACGCCAGGGUUGUGGGUUCGAUUCCCAUGGGGGGCCAGUAUGAAAAAUAAAAAUAAAAAAUAAUGUAUGCACUCACUAACUGUAAGUCGCUCUGGAUAAGAGCGUCUGCUAAAUGACGUAAAUGUAAAUGUAAAUGUAUAAAAGACACCUGGGAGCCAGAAAUCUUUCUGAUUGAGAGGGGGUCAAAUACUUAUUUCCCUCAUUAUAUAAUAAUAAUAAUAUGCCAUUUAGCAGACGCUUUUAUCCAAAGCGACUUACAGUCAUGCGUGCAUACAUUUUUUUUUUUGUGUGUAUGGGUAUCAUGUAUGGGUGUAUGGGUUUGUGUGUAUCAUUAAAAUGCAAAUCAAUUUAUAACAUUUUUGACAUGCGUUUUGCUGGAUUUUUUUGUUGUUAUUCUGUCUCUCACUGUUCAAAUAAACCUACCAUUAAAAUUAUAGAUUGAUCAUUUCUUUGUCAGUGGGCAAACGUACAAAAUCAGCAGGGGAUCAAAUACUUUUUUCCCUCACUGUAGUUGUAUAAAUAAGAACAGUCUUGCAGGAUUCAAUACAUGGAAUUGAAAGAGUUGUUGUCCUGUCCCUUUCUCUGCGAUUGUCAUUCUAAUGGAAUCCAGAAAGAACAAAACCCUAUCCUCAAACAUUUACACCAAAAGAUGCAAUGUUAUGGGCAAAGACCCAAAACAUCCACAUCAAAUGUAAUAUUUUUCUUGAUCAAAUAACCACUUUUUGUGCAGUAUUAAUUUACCAUCCUUAUAAACCACUUUAUGUAAAUGUACAUUACUGUAUUGUACAUAGGUUGGUCAUCUAGGUUUGUACCUGUAGACUUUCCAUCACCAUGAAUAAAAACAAUAGUGUAAUUGAGUACAUUGAGAUAUCAAGUGGUUUGUGAUUAUGUGAAGUGAAGAAUUUGGCUCAGGUGGUAGAGCAUGGCAUUUGUAACGCUAGAGUUGUGGGUUUGAAUCCCAAGUGGGACCAGUAUGAAAAUGUAUGCACUCACUACUGUAAGUUGAUCUGGCUAAGAGUUUCUACUAAAAUGUAAAAGGAAUGAAUAGACCAUUUCAGUUUCCACAUAGAAAUAAAUUGCAUUUGCCAAGUAUUUCCAAAACUGGAAAACAAGCAAGAAUUUUUAUAUUCCACAAUAUUAUCAGAUUAACUGUUUUGUACAGAUAAUUAUCAGACUCAAGUUACUCAAAUACAUGUAGUUUUUUAAAAAUCACAAAAAUAGUACACUGGGCCUUUACUAGUCCUGCAUUAGCGGAGCAAUAUAGGUCUGUAGCGCGGGCGGGGAAAAAAAUCGCAGCACCCCCACCCCCAAAACUACUUUCCGCGGCUAUGUAUGAAGGUAGUUUUAUGCCUACACAAAAAAAAGGUGUAAAAUAUGUGUACAAAUAUACAUUUCCAGAUUUCUUUAAAUAUUGCCUAGAUUUAGGACAAACACUUCAAAACCUUGUUUCUUAUGAUUUAGUUUUUGACUGUCCUUUUUGCCAUUUAUGAAUGUGUUAUUCAAUGCGUUUCUAUGAAUUUCAGUAGUAAAUAUUUUAGCAAGUAAAGAAAUCAUAAUAAUUGAUACGUAAAGGGGUCCUACAAUUCAAAAUCAAACAGCUAAAUGAGCCACAGUAUGACCAUCUUGAAACAAUUCCAUAUGUCAGCUUAGCCCCUCCCCCCUCCUGUCUUAGAUGUCAGCUUAGCAACCCCCUUCCUGUCUUAGAUGUCAGCUUAGCAACCCCCCUCCUGUCUUAGAUGUCAGCUUAGCAACCCCCCUCCUGUCUUAUAUGUCAGCUUAGCAACCCCCCUCCUGUCUUAGAUGUCAGCUUAGCAACCCCCCUCCUGUCUUAUAUGUCAGCUUAGCAACCCCCCUCCUGUCUUAGAUGUCAGCUUAGCAACCCCCCUCCUGUCUUAGAUUCUAAAGAAUGAAUGGUUUUUUUUGUUUCGCCAAGUCAUUGCUGAGUGAAAGACUAGUAUUUUUGAACCUGCUCACUUUCUUGCAGACGUGUUCAGACGAGUUGAAAUGUGUAGAGAUACGGUGCCCUCUGCUGGGUUUGGACAGUACUGCAGUGGUGUUUCUUCGAGCUCGCCUUUGGAACAGUACUUUCCUUGAGGUGCCUAUUUCCCUUGUGUUUGCUACUACAGGUUCCUCACGUACAUAACACCUCAUUCUGUUGCAUAGACAUUGUGCCAUUCAGUUUCAGUGCAGUUUCUUUGUUCUCUGCGUAUCCCAUCAUAGGACUACAGCGCAUUAAACUACCUGGACAUUGUGCUGGAUGCCACUCUCAGCUUGACAGACUCUGCAGAGAAUAUUGGGCUAAGGCAGACUAAGAAAUCUGGAACCCAGGUACAAUACAUGCUUAUGAUUGUUUAUUUAGAAAUGUAAUUAUGGCCUGUGUGUUCAAUUUAAGAAGUUUGUAUUUACAAUUUUUUUCCCGCACUGAAGGAUAUCUGAUCUAUCUUCAGAGGACAACUACAUUAUUGUUCUUUAGAGUUUAAAUAGUUUUCAACUAUUAUUAUUUACUUAUUUGUUGUUUUGUAGCCUACUUUAUCAUACACAUCUGUGUGGAAUUGCCUUCCAUACUUAGUGACUAAUCCUGUAAUCUAAAUUGAUGUUGUUUAUUGGUUUGGUUGAAAUUGGUCUACUAACCUACAAUCACAGAUCAAUGCGGUGUGGCUGAUGUAAUUGCCACUGCCCAUUGAACAACACACACUCUCUCACACUGUGCAGCACACAAGCACUCUCACCAGUACUUCUGUGGCUCAAUUCAAGAGUGUCGUGUUUACCGACUCAGCUACAUACUAUAAAGUACCUUCAGUUUGAUGUCUUGAUGGUGUGUUUGCUGUCUCAGCUACAUACUGUAAAGUACCUUCAGUUUGAUGGCUUGAUGGUGUGUUUACCGACUCAGCUAGAUACUGUAAAGUACCUUCAGUUUGAUGUCUUGAUGGUGUGUUUGCUGUCUCAGCUACAUACUGUAAAGUACCUUCAGUUUGAUGGCUUGAUGGUGUGUUUACCGACUCAGCUAGAUACUGUAAAGUACCUUCAGUUUGAUGUCUUGAUGGUGUGUUUGCUGUCUCAGCUACAUACUGUAAAGUACCUUCAGUUUGAUGGCUUGAUGGUGUGUUUACCGACUCAGCUAGAUACUGUAAAGUACAUUCAGUUUGAUGGCUUGAUGGUGUGUUUACAGGUGAGGCUGACAGUGUUCCCUGAGAGGAAGGCUGCCAUCUGGGCUAAGGUUGCCUGGUGGGUGAUUUUCCUCUCAGUAAUGGUAGGACUGCUACUGCUGGCUCUGCUCGGCUUUCUGCUGUGGAAGGUAACACGAUGUGGAAUACAUACUGUGGAAGCCAGAGGUUGGUGGGAGGAGCUAUAGGAGGACGGCUCCUUGUAAUUAAUAAAUAAUACAUGGAACGCAAAAGCAUCAAACAUGUUCCAUUUAUUCCAUUCCAUUAUUCCAUUACAAUGAGCCUGUCCUCCUAUAGCUCCUCUCACCAGCCUCUGGUGGAAGCCAAAUAUUGAUAUGAAUAUUGAAACGUCUGGUAAUCUUUAUUUUGUGUGUGUGUGUUUACACCGGCUACAAAUAAAGUUGUCUAUUUGAUCCUAUUGUAGUGCAAGUACCCUGUGGCUAAGAAGUACCACAUCGUUCAUAAGAACACAGAGGAACGUCACCCAAUUAGAGGAGACUCAUCUUUGGGUCCAACUGCAUAG